AUGAUCGCAACAGUUGGGAGCGGCGCGGGCGGCGCCGCCGCCCCUGGGUUCCAAUACAAGCAUCUGCAAGCGAAUGAAAGCAUUCAAGCGUUCCUACGUUCAUUCCUCCAUGAAAAGCAUCGAUGGAACGAGCUCGUCGAAGCAACCCUCCUCUAUGGCAUCCACUGCAUUUCCCAAAACUACUCUUUGCAGACGCUCAAUGUCGAUCAAGUCCAGCACAUCACCCGUGUGUCCUGCGAGCAGCAGUUCUGUCUUCAUGACUUUCUGGACUUAGGUACAUUGCUUCGAAAACCACAGCACUACUUUGUCCAUCAGCAGCGCUUGAAAGGACCGGCAACGUCUAGCGGGGUCGCCUUCAAGCCAUCAUCUGUCUGGCGCCAUGGCACUUCCACUGUCGACGCAGUAAGUUCUGACGGGGACACCGAACAGCCAACACCACCGCCCACUCAAGAACUACACUCCAUUCCAUCGGCUCCUCCCGCGGCUCCCAUUGUCCGUGAAAGCCACCGAGACAUGGACGAGUGGACCCACGUGCUGGGAAAGCCCUGGGUCGAUGCAGCAUGGCAGGCGUUCGUUACCACGACUGGGUAUCCUGUUCCGGCGGCCACUGCUUCCGACAGCACCGUGUCGGCCUCGUUCCGCGAUCUCAGGGACUCGAUCGUGGCCAAGGCUCCAUCGACUGGAGUCGUCAACACCCACAUCACAUCCAACGAAGGGCACUUGUCGUUCCUCGACUACUUGCGUGGGUUUGUCGUGUAUUGCGUUGCAACUCCGGUAGCACUGCCGCCCGCAGCUCCGCUGCCAUCGUCGUUGCCACCUCCUUCUGCAGCGUCGAAACAAUCAUCGUCCCAGUCCCAACCUCGUCGCCAAGUGUCUACCACCAAAGAGAACGCCCCACCUUCACUUGCCGCAGCGCCGUCGACGCAGCCAAUGUCGAAGAUCAAGCACAUGCUCGACAAACAGAAGCAGCACGUCCUCCGCGUGCGAAAGACCAACACCCAGCGCAUGCACGAAGCGCUGGCCAAAUCCCGCAUCGCAGCGUACGAGCCGCCCGUUCGCCGGCCCGCGAUUCCUCCGCCGCAGCCAUCUCUGGCCACCACAGGCCCAGGAGCGAAAGCACUUGAAAUUGCGCAUGUUUUUGCCAGCAGUCCAUUCAUGCAGUCGUUGUCGGAGGGCCAGGCGGUCGACGUAGCUUCGAACGCGUCGCGGCACGGCAGCAACGGUGGUGACAUCGCCCACCAACGAUUGCUCCGAGCAGAAUUGUAUGGCCACCACAACGUGGACCCGUCAACGCUGCCAGCCACAGGAUGUCUCACGCCAUCAGAUCGACGGCCAUCGGGAACGGGGCUGCCAUUGCGCCAACAACGUCCUUUUCAUGAUUUCAAAGGUUGGCUGGGAGACUACGGCCCGUCCCACACCAAGACGGUGGUCCCAGCCGAGUGGACCGAUCUUGACGAUGAAGACACGGCGUGGCUGCGUGAUGCCGCUGCUGCAACUCGGCGUCGCGGCGGGUAUAGCUGGGACCUAGACAGGAUUCAACUGGACGAGAAGAGAUCGACAGCGGAGCCCGUCCAGCCCUUCCAUGCAGAUGGCAGCGAUGAUGUGGACGAGGAAGACGGGAAGGAAGCACGUCGUCUAGAUGGAGGAGCGGACGCGCCGGAUCCGGCGUUUGAGUGGCUCGUGCACGAAGGUAGCAGUGGACGCGUUGCGGAGCCACGCGACGACAUCGAAUCAAACUAA